AUGCUGGCCGCGGCAGCCGCCUCGGCGACCCAAGGCCACGUUGAGGCAUUCAAGGAAGCACCCCCGGGCAUCAGCUACAAGAUGGCCAAAGCCACUCACCCACGGUCAUCAGCGAAGCUGGCCAAAUCCAGCCAGCAUGUCGAACGCCUCCACGCCGUGCAUGGCGGCCACGGUACCAAGUUUAAUCCCAAGUCUGCUGCGGCAAUCCUCGGCGUCCACCAGCGCGCCGCUGGCGGGUUCGGCUACGAAAACAUCACGGCAGCCUCUGCAUACGGGACUCAGUAUGCUGUCGAGGCGCUCUUCCACGGUCACCGGUUGCCGCUGCUCAUUGACACGGGAAGCUCCGACACGUGGGCCGUGCACAAGGAUUUCCGUUGCGUCGACUACUCGGGCGAGUUGCUCCCCCAGAAGACGUGCGCCUUCGGCGAGGCCUACCCGGAGACGUUUCAGUAUGGCCGCACCAAGCCGGAGAUGCACAUGUACAUCCAGUACGGCGACGGAGAGGUCGUCUCGGGGCCCAUGGGCUUCUCCGAUGUCACGGUCGGCAACAUCACGGUCAAGAGGCAACAAAUCUGCCUGGCGAACACCACGUACUGGUACGGCAACAAUUACACCAGCGGACUCCUGGGGCUGGCGUUCCCCGCCCUCACGAAUGCUUACCUGGGCGAUGCCUCGGACCACGAGCCCGGCACCCAAGUGGAGUACUCGCCCUUGUUCACCAGCAUGAUAAACCAGGGCCUGGUAGACCCGGUCUUCAGCAUCGCCAUUGAUCGCAACGCAUCCAGCGGCAUGCUUGCUUUCGGCGGGAUCGCCCCGGCAUCCGGCUUGGAUCUAAGUAGGACGGCGACGAUGGACAUGGUCAUCACCUCGGUGCUCGACAUUCCUUCAAGCUCCACACAGUACUCUUUCUACUCGGUUAUCCCGGAUGGCUGGUAUUUCGACCAGACGACGAAUACCAAGAAGAUUCCGUACAUUGUUGACAGCGGGACGACGCUCAACUAUCUUCCCCCGAGUCUCGCAGACGCCAUCAACGCUGCAUUUGAGCCGCCUGCUGUCUACAUGUGGAUGUAUGGCGCCUACUUCACCUCUUGCGAUGCCAUAGUCCCUCAGGUUGCGGUGAUUCUAGAUGGCAUCAAGUUCUUCAUCAAUCCUGUCGACUUGCUUUACCGCACCAUGGUCGAUCCGAUGACUGGUCUGUGCCUGACCGCCAUUUCGAGCGGAGGGACCGGUCCGUACAUUUUGGGAGAUGCGUUUAUGCAGAACAGCUUGGUGGUCUUCGAUGUUGGCCGGGCCAAGAUGCGCUUCAUUCCCCGACAGCACUACUGA